CUCGAUCCUAUGUCACUGAGGCUUUUGAGUCCCGAUGACGAGGCUCCUGGAGACAUUAGUGGACCUCGAGGAAGGCUUCUUGCAAUAAUGACUCAUGUGGAGUGACCAGCAGCAUCAAGUGUUGGUGAGAGGUGCUGUCAGCUACCAGCAGGGAUGGAUGCCACAACAAACAACCACAAAAUGCCUAAGCAGAAAAAGAAAGGGAAGCCUCCACCCCCACCUGGAUCUGAGUCAGACCAGAGCAUUGACACCAACAGUCUCUCAGCGGAAUCCCAGGAGGCUGGUCGUUCACCGAGCUCUUCCCAUAAAAUCACAAGUAAAAAAGGAGAAUGGGAGAUCUUGGAAGGACUCAAAGAAGGACAGAGGUUUGAUUUGAUCCCACGGAAAUUUGAAGGUUUUUUUAAGCGUCGCAAGUGGCCCCUGAAGGGAUGGCACAAGAGGUAUUUUGUGCUAGAUCAGAGUGUGCUGACUUACGCCAAGACUAUCGGAGAUUUGAUGCGUGGCAAGAUCUUGGGCAGGAUGGACAUUGGUAUGUCUGUUAUAUCAACAAAGGCUCGGCGGCGGCGCAUUGAUAUUGAUGCUGAUACCUUGAUCUUCCACUUGAAGUGUAAGUCAAGAGAAGUGUACCUGCAAUGGGUGGAACAACUUAAGCAACACCGACUUCACAAGCAGCAUCAGAUCUUGUACAGCAAAGACCAGAAUAAAUUAACAUCUCCCACCUCACCCUCUGAUGACUCUCCAACAGACUCACUAGUGCCAGGGGGGAGGGCAUCACUACCAGGAUCAUUGCCAAGUUCCCACCCAGGCACCAUAGGCAGAGAAACAAAGACCAACACUGCCACCAGCCUCACAGGAGCUGCUGCAGAUGCUGACCCCAGACAGGGGCCUUGUUCUCCUCUGUAUGGAAUAUGCCUCUCAUGUGGGGGGGGGUUCCACCCACACAACAGUAUGAAUCAGGCAGGAGCUGGGACACUGCGUUCAUGGCUCUUGGAUAACUCUGGAUUAGACCACUUAACCAAGGAGAUCACCGCAACACAGCACCAUGUCCAGCAGCUUGCCCACCUCCUGGAUUCCAUCGAGCACCAGGAUGAUAUCAGCCAUGGUGAGCCAGCAACACCCUCUACAAAAUCAAGGAAAAAAUUCCGCCUACGUAAACACAAAUCCAGCAAAUCCACUAGCGGGGAGUUACCAUUGUCUGGCAGUCCAGGGAAAGGAGGACCUGACCAAGUGGAUGCUGCAGUCCCCUCACUGCAGGCAGAUGGCAAUCUAUGUGAACUGAGACCCCUGAGCAGCAGCAAUCCUACCCUGGCCAUGCAUAAUGCUGGCUGGCAUUCAUCUGUUUCCCGGCCACAUAGCUAUUCUGAUGCCUCCACUGCUGUUGCUGGAGGAGUGCAGCCCCCAAAUACCCCUUCUCCCACGUCACAAUCGCACCAUCCAGCUCCCAUCCCACCUACGAUCACACUAUCUAUGGAAAGUACCUCCCGAGAAGACUUCACCAUCUUAGCUAAAGAAGUUGUGAGUCAAAUUGGACAAGUCUUGCGAGGACUUCAGACUGAACGUGAGAAGCUUCGUCAGGCACUAGAAUCAGAAUCAAAUCUCCUGGCAUCGCAUAACACUACUGCUAUCAUUGCUGCCCUCAGAAAUUCCCUGAAUCAGGCACUCCAACAAAAUGCAGAACUCCGAGGACGUUUGGCCAGGAUUCAUGCUGACUCUGAUUUGUCAGAAAUAUCUGUGCCACCAUCUAUGUCUGAACUGCUUCACAAGUCCCUUCACACAUCUCUGUCUUAUGAAAGUAGCUCAUGCUUCAGUGCCUCAGAGUAUUUUGAUGCCGCUGAUGCAUUUAGUGAUGCAGGAGGCACUGACACCAGCUCUGAAGCUUCAUCUGACAACAGCUCCUUUACCAGUGAAGCCAGUGAUGCUGGCACUGAUGCCCACCCUAGUGUGGCUGACAGUGAGGAUGUCAGAUGGAAGUGCUUCACUGGCAGACGGACACGUCUGCCAGCCCCAAAACCCCUCACUGAGGACUUCUCUGUUUGGAAUUUUCUUUACAAGAACAUUGGGAAGGAUUUGUCCAAAGUGUCCAUGCCAGUUACCCUUAACGAGCCUCUCAACUUGCUUCAGCGAAUGUGUGAGGAACUGGAGUACAGUGAGCUCCUGGACAAAGCUGCUGGGCUGGAGGAUGCUGGUGAACGUAUGGUAUUGGUGGCAAGCUUUGCUGUGUCUGCUUAUGCCUCCUCAAUAUAUCGUGCAGCUCACAAGCCUUUCAACCCACUUCUUGGUGAAACUUAUGAGAGUAUCAGAGAAGAUAAAGGCUUCAGAUUUGUUGCAGAACAGGUGAGCCAUCAUCCUCCAGUUAGUGCUUGUUAUGCCAAGAGCCAUAAUUUCACAUUCUGGCAAGAUGUGCGUAUCAAGACUAAGUUCUGGGGCAGAUCCUUGGAGUUUCAGCCCACAGGUAAGGUACACUUGACACUGCGGGAGACAGAAGACUCUACCGUGGAGGAUCACUAUGAAUGGAACAAAGUAACUACUUGUGUCCAUAACCUAUUUGGUGGUGGGCAGCGGUGGGUGGAUCAGUAUGGGGAGAUGAUGAUCAAGAAUGCCAACAAAGGCCUGACUUGCAAACUGUCCUUUGUACGGGCUAGUUCAUGGUCAUCCAAAAGACAUGAAGUAUUUGGUACUGUAACCGACUCUACUGGCCAUGUGCUGCACAAUCUCUUUGGCAAAUGGACUGAAGCAUUGUACUGUGGCCAUGCUCCCUCAGCCAGGGUUGUAUGGCGGCCAGGCAGUAUGCCAGAGGACUUCCAUCUCUAUUACGGCUUUACCAGGUUUGCCAUGGAACUCAAUGAAUUAGAUGAAGACCAAGCCAAGUAUUUGCCAUCUACAGACACAAGAUUCAGACCAGACCAGAGGUACCUUGAAGAAGGAAACAUGUCUGGUGCCGAGCUGCUCAAGACACAGCUGGAACAACAGCAAAGGGAAAGACGUAAGCAGCGUGAAGAGACUGGGGUGGAAUAUGUUCCUAUGUGGUUCAGGCGGGAACAAAGCAACUCAGAUGAGUCGUGGGUUUUCACAGGAGAAUACUGGAAUAAGCGCAAGGAUCCUGGUUUUGUGAAUAUGACCUUUGACAAGCUUUGGUAGGCCCUUCAAAUUAGUUAUGGCCUUCAUUGUCAAAAUGUAAGUUUUCUAGCUAAGAAAAAUAACUGUUAAUGUGAUUGUGUGUACUUUGGAAAUUUGUUGGUAGUUUUGUAACAACCAAAAAUUAUGUUAUUGUGGAUGGGCUCACAAAUUGUGAUGAUAGCAAUUUUUAAUGAAUAUUCUGGAUGAUUUAGUAAAAUGUCAUCAUUCACUUCUAUUGAACUGGUUUAAGCUACAAGCACAGUUCCAAGAAACACAUGAUGAUUGCCCAUCACACAACAUACCAAGUGCACUUUGUGUUCUGAAGUGUCAUACAUAUAUCUUAUGCCAUAACUGGCCAUGUUCCUCAUCCACUUGUUACUUGUACAUUUGUUGUAAACUGUGAGUGCUGGAGUUAUUAUUUUUCUAUAUACCCAGUAUACUUAGUUUUUUUAUUUUUUUUUUUUUUUUAUUAAAUCUUCACUAGAUUUCUAUGACAAACUCUUUAACAGAAUGAAUUCUUUUCAGCCAAGCAAGGCUCAGAGUGGAAUCCAUCAAAAGAUUUUUUUUCUAUUACUAUUAUUGUUAUUAUUAUUAUUGUUUAUUAUUAUUAUUAUUAUUAUUAUUAUUAUUAUUAUUAUUAUUAUUGUUAUCAAUAUUAUUAUGUAUUGUUUUUCACUGAUUUUUUUUAAUUACAAUAUCCAAAUAGUUUUGAUUUUAAUGUGAAAGCCAGUACAGUAUAGGUUAACAAUUUUACGUAAAAAGGGGUUUUUGUAUGAAAUAGAUUUCCCUUUCAUCUUUAUUUGCUAGUUGUCAUGCCUGCAGUUUUAUGAUAAUUUUACCUCAUUUUGAGAAUUAAUAAUAUCAAUUGGGGAUUUUUCAUUGGUCAUUCAUUAUCUUAUUUAAAAAAAAAAGUUUUAUGGCAAGUAAUGCUAACUAAACCAUUAUUUGUACUUCAAAGUGAGUUCCAAAAGUUUCAUAACAUUAUCUUCUGUAAUGGAUAAUAUUUAAGUCCCUUGUUAGAAACAUAUAUACUGGGAUUGUUCUUUAUUCCUUUUUUUGGAGGAAGUGAAUGCUAUAUUCUAUAUUUGAGAUUCAUUUGAAUCCUGUAAGAUACUGAACUAGCAUGACAAAACAACUUUUAUGUGGCCUCAGGAAUGGGUACACUUGUUCGGUUUUGUCUGUGUACUUACAAGCACAGUUUGUUGUUGUAAUCCCUGGCUAGUGUAGAUAUUGUCAGCCACAUCAGGGGAGAUGUGAACCUGUUUAAGAUCAAGAAUGCAUAGUUUUCUCUAUGAUAGUGCUUAAUGAUGACAUUAUAGAUUAUGUUGAUGUUUUGAUAAAAGGUUUAUGCAGUUCAGCACUGCAUUACAUAUGUGCAUACAUUAUUUGAUUUGAAGUUUGAAUUCUUCAGUUUUUGUUUUGUUUUAUCAUUUAUUAUUAUUAUUGUUAUUGUUAUUGUUAUUGUUAUUAUUACUAUUAUUACUAUUAUUAUUAUUAUUAUUAUUAUUAUUAUUAUUAUUAUUUUUAUUAUUAUUAAUCCAUUUAUUUAUUUAUUUUAGAUACACUUGUGCUAAUUCAUUGUGAAGUCCUGGUUUCAUCAGAAUUUGGUUUGUUACAAAAUACCCAUUUAUCCUGCUACUUUAUAUAUGUCACAAACCAACACAGCUUUAACACGCAAUUUUCUUGAGCAUAUUUAUGACUCAUUAUUUGUUAUCUGUUAGAUAAAUGAAUUAGAUAUUCUUUUAGCACAUUCUUUUCCAUAACUAUUCUUUAUCUAUUUUUGUCAAACUUGUGAUUCUUUUCUUUUCAAAAGCUGUUUGUUACUCUGUUGCAUUGCACAGCAGUAUUUGUAUACAGAUAAUCUCCAUAAUAUAGUCGUUUGUAAUUUUCUUGUGCACUUUAAACCCACAAUAUAACAAACUAAUUGAGGGGCAGGCCAGGUCACUAUGUCCAAAGCUUGUUAAAGUUAAGCUUUUAAGUGAACUCGGGUCAUUAUGUAAGGAAAGAUGUUUGGUAAUACCUAUUUAUUGACAAGUCUGAGUGACGGAAGCAUGGGAGGAUACACAGUGGGGAAGUCUUAUUAUUGCCACCCACCCAUGCAUGCAAUAACAUUUUUUUGCCUGUGCUACACUUAGAUUUCUGCAAACUUGCACCACAUGAUGACCUAGAAUUCAUUGGAUGUCAAUCAUGUAUGGAGGCCUGAAGGGAUAUCUGAUACUUGCCAAGUUGAGGUUUGUUACAUUGAGGAUUUAUUGUUUUUCAAAAAUCUUAAAACUUUCACAACAUUUCUGCUGGUUUUUAUCUACUGAAUUUAUUUUUUUUUUUUUUUUUUAUUUUUUUUUUAUUUACUUCAGAGUGUGCAAUAGUGAGCAAUGCUAUCAUUUUUACUAGCCCAAAAACUACAAUUAGACUUCCUAAUAUUAGUACACAAUACCUCACCCAGGUUCAUUGGUAAUAGACACUAAACAUAUAGCCUUUCACAGAUUCCUAUAUAUGCCUAUACAUUAUUGUAUUUCCACUGAACAAAUAACACAAUAAUCAAAGAGCUGAUAAUAAAUAUUUGAAGAAUUGGGAUUGUCGGUAAAAAUGUAGUAAUGAUUACCAUUUCUAUCUUUAUGUGGUAUUUGAGAAACUUAAGACUUAUUGCCAUAUUUAUUGUAUGAUUCUUUUAAAAAAAAUUGUGAAAAGCCAUUUUUAUUUAUCACAAAGUACAGAACUUACUGUCAACACAACAUGACUCAGUCCAUGUGUUCUGCCAUAUGUGUUGUUUAUAUUCAUCUUGGUACUUUCAUGCUUUUGUACUUUUUAGAAUGAUGUUUAACAAUAUUUAUUCAGCCACAUUUUCUCCAACAAGUCAUUGCAGAGGUUAUUGAUGAAUUAAGAUUUUACAGCAUGAAAGUUAUUACUGCUGUCUCAAAGUCCUUGAAUAGAAAAUUUUAUGCUAAUAAUCAAAUGUCUUCUAUUGGUAACUGAUGAACCUGAUCACAGCAGUACACGGGGUAAAAUGUAGACAAUGCAUGAACAAAGUUUUAUACUUUUAAAUGAUAGUGGACAAUUUAUUCCUUAAAUAAUAACACUGUGAAAUGAAAUGCUGAAGGAUCAUCACAAUACAUUUAUAAAGGAAAUAUUUUGAUUGCUCAGUAUGGACUUGGGUGCUUAGAACUAUAUAUAUAUAUAUAUAUAUAUAUAUAUAUAUAUAUAUAUAUAUAUAUAUAUAUAUAUAUAUAUAUAUAUAUAUAUAUAUAUAUAUAUAAAUAAUCAAAUGGUAUUGUGAACCUUAGGGUCCAUUGUAUGCACUGAAGUGCAAUAUCUGUUGUUGCAAAAUAUGGUAAUCUCACAAAACCAUAAUUAAUAUGUCAGCACAUUUGUUGUAAUUACCUUCAUCUAUAUUGCCAGACAUGCUUUGCCUUUAUGAAUCUUGCAAGUGGUAGAAAGUGGUGCUCACCCAGAUAAGUAAAGCACUCUAGUAUUGGGCAUCCCUUGUGGGCCAGGCUGUUGAGUAUCCUUUGCUAGUGAGUGCUGAAGGAGGCCUUGUGCUGCUGGUGUUCUCCUCUAAGGCUGUUUUAUUAAGUGCUAGUUUGUAUAUAUGUAAUUAUGUCAUGUCGACUACUGGAGAGUAUUAUUUAUUCAGAGAAGUUGUAUAAAGUCUCAUUCACAUAAUAUUGUAUUUUUUCUGGUGCAAAUUUAGACACUAUGCAGUUGUAUUAUUGUAUUUGUGCACUCAGGAAGGGAUGCUUUCAUUUUACUUUUGCAAUACAAUGUAUCAUUAUUUAUUCAUCAAGUAUUUCUAUGAGUGGUCCAAGAGGGUUAAGCAAACCUAGUUCAUAGUCAUUUAAUAUUGAUGUAUAGGUUGAUUUUUAUACAUUUAGGCAGUGUAAUAAAUCCAUAUUUUCUA